AUGGCAACCGUGUUCAAGUGGAUUCCCAAUAAAGAACAGUUAUUGAGACAUCAUGCCAAGGUUGGAGAGACGUUGUAUGAUGACAGGUUGAACGAGAGAACGGUUGGGAUGGAUGUAGUUGCUAAGUUAUGUGAUGGAACGAUGAUGCUGAUAGACGCUGAAGUGGCAAUAGCACAUUCAAACUAUUUUCGACACGCUCUUGUCAAUUGCUGUCGAAUGCCAUUCACAAUCGAUGUAACGUGCUUUGAUGUAGAAUUAGUUCGUGAAGUAUUUCACUUCCUUUAUUGCGGCACUAUUGAAUUAUCGUUUCGUCAGUUACCACAAUUGCUUGCCAUCGCACGCAUUCUCCAGCUUCUCGUAAGCGGACGAAUUUUGCAACUGGAUCUAAAUGCAUUCCGAGCACUCAUUUCGUGCGAUGAUCUGCCUGUUGGUAACGAAAUGGAUGUCUUCCAUGUUGUGACACACUAUUUUUUCAACUCAAAAAAGCGAAGCAAUCCAAAUUGUUUAUUCGAAUUAAUCAGAUAUGAUCAUCUGAACGACGAUGAUAAACUCGAGGUAUAA